UCCGCGCUAUGACGACGCCACGGGACCGUCGAGUCGACGAUACAGUUGAGCUUUUACCGUUGAAAUCUGCCUUAGUGAACAACAAUUACAGAGAAGAUGAGGCGUAUUAUCCUUCGCCGCCGCCCAUCAUCAAGAAUCCGUCGAGCUCCAAUCUCUACGACUACACUCUGCUCUCGAAGAGGACACCGGCCUCUAAACGGUUGCUGUCAUCAUCUCGUAACACGCAGCCUGCGCCGACGCCGCUGGUGACACUAUGCGGGGCGCCACCGCCGUCCCGCAAGCGAGAGGAGCUGACGGCCCUCGCCAACCUUCGCAAGAAGGUGGCUCCGGCACUGCUCAACAAUAACAAGAACUGUGCCAAGAACGACAACGAUUCAAAAGACGACAACGAACCUGAACAACUCGACAACCGACCAAAACUUCUACAGAAGGUGCUAAAAACGCGGCCAGUGAGUAUGGUGGUGCAGUGGAGCGAGGUGCGCACGGCGUGGCAGGACAGCGAAUUCAUCACCGAGUGUUUGUGCUGGCACAACGUCUACAGGCAGCGUCACGGCGCGCCACAACUCUACAUGGCACCCGAGCUGUGCGACUACGCACAAGCGUGGGCCAACCAUCUGGCGCACACCAACAAAUUCCACUACCGCAACGACAGAGACGUCGGGCAGAACCUCUACCUGCGGCCGGUCAGCGCCUUACAGCCUGAUAUUACAGGUCAAGAAGUAUCCUCCUACUGGUACGCAGCAGUGCGGCAGUACAAUUUCUUCAAAGAGCCUGACGUCCUUCACGCCAAUGUCAACGCAGGUCACUUUACCCAAAUGGUAUGGGUGUCGACGCGGUUUUUCGGCGUCGGGAAAGCGCGGUCGCGGGCGGGCAAGGUAAUUGUCGUCGCCAACUACUCCCCGCCAGGGAACAUCUCCGGACGAUUCGAGACUAAUGUGCUCCCCCCUCUGCCGGAAAACUUCCCCGACCUGCCCCCACCCCCGGAGCACUGACGACGAGUCUCCAUUCGUGGCAGACGGCUUACCAUCGACGCUACGUGUCGGAGGUAAGCCGUCCCGUUGGCGGCACUAUAGAAUGGUACAGGAAUGUUCGAACAAAAUGCUUGAUACUGGUACGGUCACGAGCAUUAAUAUGUAUACACUUUGGUACCAUGUCACAUUAACUUUUUUGACAAAUUGAACUGUAAGUCCCGCUAAAUGUCAAACAUGUUAGUGCGACAGAGUCCUAAAGUGGGUACAUUAUAUUGCUCAUGACUGUACAAUACGAUCGCGGGAAUGGUACGACCGAUUAGACCAGUCUUAUUGGCAUCAAUUUCUUAUAACAUCGUAAAUAACGACGAAAGUAUAACAAAUGGUACAUUUAAAAAAGGAUGCACCAAAAAUGGAGGUGUUAAUAGAGACUAAAUAAUGGA